UAAUGAUUUGAGAAUAUGUAAAGAUGGCAGCUCCCUACUCUCAGUUCUCCCCGAGUCCCACCCCAGUAAAUGUUUGCGUGGAAGCUGUACUUGAAAGUCAGAUUCAAGAAGUCAGAGUAGUAGAAAAACCAGAUGCACCAGACGGACAUGAGAUUCAAGAAGUUUACGUUCCACCACUGUCUAUGUCAGAGAAUCUGACAAAAUUAGCACAGAAGAUUGACUUUUACAAAGAUGAAAGUGACGAGAAAGGAAAACCCACUUCUGAGGGUGAAAAAGAAGAGGAAGAAAAAACAGGAGCAGCUUUUCAGCCAUCACUUUGGCCCUGGGACUCUGUUAGAACCAAGCUAAGAACAUCACUGACAGAAAUGAGUGUUUUAUUGGACAUACUGAAUGUAUCCUCCAGUAAAGAGAAGCGCUACAUGGUAUUAGACCCCGUACAACAGAAUGCCCCUGAUCCAAAGCUAGCCGUACAGCUCAUGUCCAAAAGAAGAGCUCUUCAGUCAGCUGCCAGUGUUCUACAGUCAGGUGCAGAAAGGUUACGAAAGUCACACGCUGAAAUCAACAACAAAAAUGACUUUCACUUGGAACUGUUAAAUGUUCGACAGAAAUGGAGACUAAAAAAGACAGGCACCUCAAUUUUAGGCGAUCUCAGUUAUAGAUCAGUUGGAUCUAGAUACAUGCAUAAUGGAGUGUUUGAGGUGGUGAAGAGUUCAGAUCUGACCGCGGAGGGGGAGUUCCUGGCCCAGCGUGGAAGCCUGGAUGUGGUGGUCCCCACAGAGCUAGAGGGCGGGGCCUACAUACAGGUGGAGGUCAAGUCUGUACCAGGUAACUGCAUCACAGAUACCAUGGAUCUGACUGGAGCCAUUCUACGAGUGCCGUCAGGAAUUGGACCAGUCCGAAGUGAAACCUACUGGCAGCAGAAGCUAGAAAAAGCACAGAAUGUUUUGUUCUGUAAAGAAAUAUUUGCACAGUUGGCCAGAGAAGCUGUUCAAUCCAAAGCCUCUAUUCCACACCUGGUGGUUGGGAACCAGAUUAUAACUAAUGUUUUUCCUGGUAUUCAAUUAUCUAUUGUCCUCUGCCAUUCAACAGGAAAAGAGAGAGAGAAAAAGCUCCCCCAAUACAAGAUGGACCACAAUCACGUGUUGGAACACUCCCUGCAUCAGCUCCUCCGUGAGAACCAUUUCAAGAAUAUCAAUUUCCCCGCCCCUCACCCGGUCACGGCGCUGGUGGGUCUGACUAAAAAACGGAGACUGGCCGGCCCCAACGCUCUCAGUCGUAAACAGCUGAUGGACAUGUCCGACAGUGAGAGUAUGUUGGAUCAGAUUAUCAAACAGACUAAGCACAAUGUCUUAAGAUUGAGGACCAUGCAGACUAUUGAUGGAAUAGCAGCCACCCUGUCUGAUCCACAGCUGACCGUCCACUGGAGCUGUUGUAACAGCAGCACAGAGGCCAGCUGUAGGGUCAUCAUAACAUCUCAAGGUUACGACCUUAGGGUGUGGCACAGCUUCGUGAUCAUCAUCGGUGUGGACAGCCUUAAAGUGAUCAUCAAGGAGGGGCGGGUCUUCUUCCUCUCGUUUGAAGAGAAGGAGCUACAGGAUUUCAUCAUGUGGCAGGUGUCGCAGCAUCAGAUCUCAGUGUCCCAGAAUCUGGCACGAUUGAUGGGCUGGCAGAUCAUGAGUACCAGCACAGCGAUGGGCGUGUCUGACCUAGAAUCCUCGGGAACCGCUUCCUCUCUCAUCCUCGCAGCCCCAAACAAAGAGAGGAUUCUUGCCAUUAAAAGUGGGCCAUCCAGUGGAAUCAAAGUGUUUCUUCAGCAAUCUCAAAAGGACAACAAAAACAGAGUUAUCCUCCCUGACGAUAAAUGGCAGAGUGUUGGCGCUGACUAUCAGCAGGUCGAUCUUUCAAAAUUUGAGGGCAGAAAUUUUGCCUCAAAACUUGAACUCUUAUUAGCAACAUUUUCUCAUGAUUUAUCAUCAAGCUCAUCCUGAAAUAAACUCUUCUCAAGCC